GUGUAACACCCAUCUCUUUUUCAUGAUUUGCUUUUGUUUACAUUGUCUAGCAGUCUAGCCCUAAUUCAAAAAUAGAGAUUCAUUUAUGAACUCACGGGAUCAAGGAAAUAGAAAUGGUGAUAUUGAAAUGGGAAUGGGAAUGGGUAUGGAUAGACAAACAGGCGACCAAGGCUUGGAAGAUUUCUUUAAGCAGGUUCAGGUUAUUGAGAAACAAUAUGAAAAGCUCAAUGCACUACUGAGAAAGCUUCAGGAUUCUCAUGAGGAAUCAAAGGCUAUCACCAAGGCUGCUGCAAUGAAAGCAAUCAAGAAGCGAAUGGAGAAGGAUGUUGAUGAAGUAGGAAAAAUUGCACGUACAAUUAAAUUAAGAAUUGAGGAACUUGACAAAGAGAAUUUAGCCAAUAGACAAAAGCCUGGAUGCUGAAAAGGAUCAGGCGUAGACAGAUCAAGAACAGCUACAACAGUUGACUGGCACUCGGGCUGAUGAAGAGGUGAAGUCAGUUGUUCCAUAAUUUCCAUAAACUUUUCAGCAUGUAGAAAAAAAUGAGGUAAAGGACACACUUGCGGAAAUUCAAGAGCGUCAUGAUGCAGUUAGACACUUAAGAGAAGAAGCUUCUUGAUUUACAACAGAUAUUCCUCGACAUGGCAGUUCCGGUGGAUGCUCAAGGCGACAUGCUCGAUAACAUAGAGUCACUUAACUAAUAAUCUUACAAGUGAUAACAAACGACUAUACUUGUGUAGUUCAGCGUAAUGGAUCCUUUCUCCACCGUGAUCUCCCAGGUUUCAUCUGCGGUAGACCACGUGCAGUCGGGGAAUACUGCCCUCGAGGAAAUGGAUGUGUAUUGCAAUCAUGAUACUUCUCAUUAUUGUGGUGAUCAUCGUAGUAGGUGUGCUUAAGCCAUGGCAGAACAAGAACGGCGCUUAGCUCUUUCCUUCUGCCAGAGUGUAUUGUAUAAUACCAAAAAACAAAGAGUAUUGACUAUUGAAAAUUGAUUUAUUUUGACAAAUUAUGGUGUUUAUUCUUUUUGGUGAUUGUUCUUGUGUAAACUUCGCCAACGUGUAAUCUAGUAUUUUUAAUUUUUAUCAGGAUGUGUAUUUAAAUAUUUAAAUGCAAAUUAUGCUCAUUUUUUUCA